AUGCGCUUUCUUCGGUUGCGGGGGUCACAUGGCAAUACCCUCUCUGCGGCGUGUGAUUCCGACAGUGUUGCCGUCUCGAUCCUCGACACACGUCGCCUAAGGAGUCCGUCUCGGCAUGCGCCCACACUGUUGCAUCAGUCGGUGUCUUCGAGGACAAGCGCCUGCCACUGCUUGUCCUGUUGUGCACUGCGAUGGCAGCGUAUGCGACGGUGGUACCGCUGGCUGAAGAAGCGCUAUGUGCUGUGGUGUGCGGUGGCGGCUCUGCUCGUGCUGCUGCUCAUUACGCUGGCCCUCAUCGUGGUCCUCGUCAUUGCGUUCACGUGGGACCAUCCAUGGACACAGGCGUAUGUGGUUGAGUGGCUGAGAGAGUGGAACAAGAGGGAAUUCUCCGCGGUGGUGCAAGGGAAUUCUCACCCGCGCGAGCCAGAGCGGCUGUGGGGGCUCACCGUGCGACCCCCAGAGGCGCUGUUGACAGAGUCGGUUGUCGACGACGGCAGCGGCGCCGGGAUGAAUAAGACUGAGGCGAUGGAGCGACGGCAGCGACUCGCAGCGCGCCUGCUGAGCCGGUACGAGGAGAUGCUGUUUCUCUAUAUGUUUGUCAAUGGCACGGAGGCGAACCACGUCUACCGUCGGAUAGCACUCACUGCUUGUGGCGCGUACAUGCGGAGUGUUGAGAUUCAGCUUGCACUGAACGGUGUUGUGAUGGACGGCAAGGGAACGGCAGAGGUUUGCACGACUCCCAUGCAUCGCGCCAAGACGAAUGCGGAGGUGAUGGAGAUGGUGGCUAGUCGCGCUCCGACUACGGUAACGAACCGUGAUCGCGAGACGGACGAGCUGCGGCACAGCCUGCGCAGCCUGGAGCAGCACGUGCGGUGGCACCGCGGCCGCGUGGUGGUGGUGUCGCCCGGGCACCACCCGGCGUGGGUGGACGGCGCGAAGAACUUCCUUGCCGGGCUGUGCGGCGACGCGCGCGUGCAGGCGCUGCGGUCGAGCGGGACGCACCUGCGCGUGACGACGGUGCACCAGGACGCUGUGAUGCCGACACACGCGAGGCUAACUGUGAACACAAAUACUAUAGAGCAGCAGCUGUGGCGCGUGCGCAACAUGACGGCCGUGCACGUGUACAUGAACGACGACUACUUUGUGAACCGCGACGUCGCGAUCACGGACCUCUUCAACGAGUACGGCGGCACGAUCGUGCGGACGGAGAAAGGGGCGAUUGCUGGCGCAAGCACCGGCAAUGAGAGUUUGUCGACGUGGGCGGAGGGGGUCUUGAACACGAACCUCUUCGUCACGGACGAGUUGGACCUGCAACAUGAAGAUGAGGUCCCAUCUGCAGUUGUGCGGUUGUGGCAGCAACAGGACGGCGCCCUCACACAGUGGGACGUUGAGGCGGUGGGGGAGGGCAAAGAGCCCCUGCCAGCGGUCAAGGGGCCUGACCCAAGGAGCGCACUGUGGGUCAUGCUAGACUACGCUGAGACUUCUCCACCGCGCAGCGUUGCGGUGCCUCGCGUCGACACAGUCGCCGAUGUCGUCGCCGCGUACAGCCGUCCCACAUUUGGCACGUUGCGGCCGCACUUCUACGCGGCGCAUGCGCCGUAUGUAUACUGCACGAACAUGCUUCGAUACCUUGCACUGCGGUACCAGCGCGAGUUCGCACAGUCGAUGUUCCUGCGUCCUUUGCGUAGUGCUACCGAUCUUUAUGUGCCGUUUCUCUACAACGCCUUCAUCAUGGCGCGUCCGUGGCAGGCGUCACCGCGCUUUCCUGCCUACCUCACCCUUCGACAGCAACUGAAGGAGCGGAAAUGGCGAGCGGUGCCAUUGUCAGCCGCACCGAUACCCGCAGAGCUCGAGACGAACGGCACGGCUGGCGUGGGAUACGGACCGCAACAUAUGGAGGUGUCCUCACAUCCUCCACCCAAGCAUACGCCUGGCGUGUCAGUGGUGGAGAAGCGGCUCAGUGUAGCGCCCAUUGAGCUAAACAACUGCGAUGGCUGCGCUCCUGCUACAAUGCUCGUGGGCCCUGAGAAGAGUGAAUAUCUUUUCGGCAAGUUCUCUGACGAUCUGCGCGCCAACGCUGAAUUCAUUCGACAAGUGCAUGAGGUGAAGCCGCUCUUCUUUAACGUGAACGCCGGCCUCACGACGCCCAAGGCAGCCGAUCAGUUGCGUGCCUUCUUGCACGACUUGUUCCCUACGCCUCUCUUCUUAGAAAGCAGCCCCGGGGGCAACGCUGACCUGUCGAGGCUGUUUGGCGACCUGAUGGCGCUGCCGGUGGUGUGUGUGGUGUCGUACGAGGAGGGUGUGUGCCCGCUUGUGCGGAGCCUUGCGCUUGCGUUCGCGGGGCACCACCGCGGCGGUGUACAUGUGCAGGUGCAGCGGUAUGGUUUCGGUGAGGUGGACGCUACCAUGGCUGAGGUGCGACAGGACUUGCGGUAUGCGCAGCAGAGCGCCAUGGCUACUGUUGCCUGCACCUACGCUACAUAUGUUACUGUUAGGCAGUCGCGAAGAGGCGAGUCUCUGGCGGCCCUUGCGCGACGCGUGCUGGAUGGUGCUGACGAGGUCGGCGCUGGUGGCGUGGAGCUGCCGGCGACGUGCGGCGGCGGCGGCGCUGGGCUGCGUGUGCGCGGGUUCGUGGUGGACGCGCGGACGCCAGCCACGCCGUUACGCGAUGUACGAGCUGUGCCCACAGCGCUCGCGGCGCCUGCGCAGACGCUGUCGCUGGAGGACUUCCGCGCCGUUGCUGUUGGGCCGUCGGAGCGCGACGUGGUGCUUGUGGUGUCGCGCGAGGACGCGGACGCGAAGGCGGUGCACUGGGUGAACGGCGCGUCUGAGAGUGACCUGCUCGUGACGUACCCGCUACCUGUGGAGGCGUACGAGGACAUGGGCGCGGAGGUGCGGUGGGUGGAGUGGCGACCACCGGUGAAAGCCGCUGGUUAG